AGAUUUGUUUUAAAUGCGCAUUUCCGUCUUUUCAUUUAUUCAUCCCAGUGCAAAAUAAUCUGAGCAGUCUUCAGAGUGACAUUUCCCAGCAGUUUGAGACUCUGCUGAAUAAAGUGAACACCCAGAAAGAGAUGAUGGCUGAACUGGAGGAGAGGAUGCAAAAGGGUGGGGACCCCACAGCAGAAUUUUGUUCAGAUCUGCAAAGCUUAAAGAAUAGUCUGGAGUGUCUGAGAGAGGAGCAUGAGAAACAACGAAACAUGCUUGAGGAGGGUCUGAAGCUGCUCAGCACUUUUGUCUCAGAGCACUCAGCCAAACCCAGCCCUGGGAAAGUGACAGACAGUGCCAUCCAGACGUCACCAGGGCUGGAGCAGCCAUUAUCCGACUUCCUGCAGGACAACAAGCUUGAAAGCACACAGCUGACACGUAACACACCCAACCUUGAACACAAUCAGGUGGACGCUCCCCCUCAGGAUCCCAGGUGCAUCAUAGGAAAGAGGAAAUUCUCUCUGAGAGGCCAUGGGAGGCGCAAAAAGAGGCCGCUGGUGCUCUCACAAAGGAGCAAGCGCACUGUCACGGAUGAAAAUCGUCAGCCUCCCAUGAACUGUGACAAACAUCAGAAAGUUUCAGUACCUCUCUGUGAGCGUCAUGAUCUGAACACGGUGACCAGCCAGAGCAGUCUCAACCUAGACAGUAUGAAACCGCAGAAAAGGGAGGUGAGAUCCAUCGCUGAGGGAUGUUUCAUCACCCCUCUCACCUGCUGGUCUCAGGACAGCAACAGCCCCGACAGCCUCGCAGGAGUCGAAACCAUCUCAGAGAAGCUCUCAGCCGAGUCCAAACCAGGGACCCCAGUGAAACCUGAAGGCUUCUUGCAGUUGUUUGAGAUUGACUGUGGUUUUGGCUUUUAGAGCAUGAGUGAAGCCUUUGUGUUGUUAUUGUUGGGAAUAAAAGCCAGAAAUGUUUAUUGGUAUAUUUAUUAUCACUUGUGUCUUUUGUUACAUGACUUGUUAUUCAGUUUUUAAAGAAUAAACACAAAUGUUUUUAUCUUAUUUUGAUGGUGGAAGAGCUGCGGAGGGGUGUAAAAAAACUACUAAUGAAAAGUAUGUUAGGACAAACUGACCUACAAAUAUGUCUGUUUACACAUAUUUGAAGUUGACCUGCUGACAUAAAAAAUAUUGUAACACUUGGGUGAUUUUUUAAAACUUAUUCUGUAUUUAUACUGCUUACCUGAAAAAUAAAGAGAAAAGAAAGAAUUGAGUGUCUGUGUUCAGAUAAAUAACCAUGCCUCAUAAGGUGCGUGUUUAUUAGCAGAAAACAUUUCAUUAUGCUUUAGCAAAAAUACCACAAAAGGAAGAAACAAGUUGAUACAACAUAAAAUAUUCAGCUUUAUACUGUAUAUGUAAUCUGACAAUGUCAAUUAACCAUAUGCAUUAUAAGGCUUAAUAUUUGCCCUGCAGUAAUAGACCAAACCAGCGUCUCGGGUAUGAUUUAUAUCCAAGUCCAUAAUUAUAACCAGAGCUACAAUGAUCACUUCCUGAACUACAGCCGAUGUGAGAGAAGAAAAUGUUGGCAUACGUUUCUGCAAACCACUAGCAGGUUACAUUUGUGUCUUUCACACACACAUAUAAGUGUUUCUGAAGUUAUAUUUGGGCUGACUUUGUGACUGAGAGGUGAAGGGGAUAGUUGGUGCUGUGCUAUCAGAUGGCUGCCAAGCUGCCAAGAGACAAAGACACAACAAAACCAUUUGUGUUGUAGCAAGUCAUCACUGUGUUUCCAGUGGCUUUUUAGCUUCCAAAACUUGUGGAUAGUGCCCUCCAAACCAGGUAUUUUAAGCCAAAACAUGAUCUGUUUUCUAACCAUAACCAAGUGUUUUUGUACCUAAACGUAACCAAACAUUAACCACAGCCUUGUUGAAAUGUAAAGUUUUAACGUAUCCACUACAUCAUAACAUACAAAUGUAACAUAUCCGUGGUUUGCAGAAACGGCGGUGUAAAUAUAGACAGUGCAGGCAGUGCAGAUGCACUGGUGCCUUUGAGGUGCAGGGCCCAUAGCGAGAGUGGGCUCUCCAACAAUGUGUUGGGUGGAGAAUGGGUCCUUAUGAGCGAUUGCCACCAUGAAAAUAUGCCUGUGUUAAAUUAAACAGUGCCAUUUGCUAUAUAUGCCCUUGAAAAACGCAAACUCAUCUCUGUGAUGUUUAUUUUUUUCUUUUUCUUUUUUGUAAAAUAGUUAACAGCAUCUAUAACGAAAUUAUACACUUAUUCUAUAACUAUAA